GUGUCGGCCUCCGCGCCAGUUUCGGGCUGGUUGGCGCGGAAUCGGAAGACUCCGGGACCAUGGCGCCCGUGCACGGCGAUGACUGCGAGCUGGGGGCGAGCGCUGUGUCAGAUUCAGGGAGUUUUGUAGGUUCUCGAUCCCGGAGAGAGAAGAAAUCAAAGAAAGGGCGACAGGAAGCUCUGGAAAGACUGAAAAGGGCUAAAGCUGGUGAGAAGUAUAAAUAUGAAGUAGAGGACUUCACAAGUGUUUAUGAAGAAGUUGAUGAGGAACAGUACUCGAAGCUGGUCCAGGCCCGCCAGGAUGACGACUGGAUCGUGGAUGAUGAUGGUAUUGGCUAUGUGGAGGAUGGCCGAGAGAUUUUUGAUGAUGACCUUGAAGAUCAUGCCCUUGAUUCCCAUGAGAAAGGAAAAUAUGAUAAAGCAUGCAACAAAGACAAGAGGAAUGUCAAGAAGGCCGUGGUGACAAAACCGAACAAUAUCAAGUCAAUGUUCAUUGCCAGUGCUGGGAGGAAAACCGCAGAUAAAGCUGUUGACUUGUCCAAGGACGAUCUGCUAGGUGAUAUUCUACAGGAUUUGAACACUGAGACACCUCAAAUAACUCCACCACCUGUAAUAAUACCGAAGAAGAAAGGAUCCAGUGGAGCUUCAAUGAAUCCUUUCUCUGUACACACCCCCAAGGCAGCUCCUUCAGGAAAAACCGCUUCCCCGGUCUCAAGGAAGGAGCCUUCAUUAACCCCUGCUCCUCUUAAAUGUGCUGGAUUUGCUGGAGAGCCGGUGCCGGCAUUGUGUACAGUUGACAAGGAGGAGUCAGGGGCAAUGGAUUUUGAAGAUGGCGACUUUGAUGAGCCCAUGGAAACGGAGGAGGUGGACGUGGAGCCUGUGGGUGCCAAGACCUCUGACCAAGAGAGGGAGCCAGCAGAGGGGACAAAACAUGAGGCAGAUCCUGGGAAAGGGACCAUACCCUACUCAGCAAGUUUUCUCCCAGAUGUCUCUUGUUGGGACAUUGAUCAGGAAGAUGACAGCAGUUUCUCAGCCCUGGAAGUUCAAGUGGAUUCCAGUCACCUUCCACUGGUGAAAGGGGCAGAUGAGGAACAAGUAUUUCAGUUUUAUUGGCUGGAUGCUUAUGAAGAUCCGUACAGCCAACCAGGUGUGGUAUUUCUGUUUGGCAAAGUUUGGAUCGAAUUCGCCCAAACCCAUGUGAGCUGUUGUGUCAUGGUGAAAAACAUUGAGCGAACGCUCUACUUCCUUCCCCGUGAAACGAAAAUUGAUCUAAAUACAGGGAAAGAAAGUGGAACUCCAGUUACAAUGAAGGAUGUUUAUGAUGAAUUUGAUGAGAAAAUAGCAGCAAAAUAUAAGAUUAUGAAAUUCAAGUCCAAGGCAGUGGAAAAGAGCUAUGCUUUUGAGAUACCUGAUGUUCCAGAGAAAUCUGAGUACUUGGAAGUUAGAUACUCGCGAAGAACAUUUUUGUUCCAGGGAUGUACUUCUUGGGAUUCUCCAAAUACUCCCAUCAGCGUCUCCUCUCCCCAGGCUGAAAUGCCCCAGCUUCCUCAGGAUUUGAAAGGAGAAACUUUUUCUCAUGUAUUUGGGACCAACACAUCCAGCUUGGAACUGUUCUUGAUGAACAGAAAGAUCAAAGGACCUUGUUGGCUCGAAGUAAAAAAUCCACAGCUCUUGAAUCAGCCAAUCAGUUGGUGUAAAGUUGAGGCAAUGGCCUUGAAACCGGGCUUGGUGAACGUAAUUAAGGAUGUUGGCCCUCCUCCACUUGUGGUCAUGUCUUUGAGCAUGAAGACAAUGCAGAAUGCAAAGACACAUGAAAAUGAGAUUAUUGCUGUGGCAGCGUUGGUGCAUCACAGCUUCGCACUAGAUAAAGCACCCCCACGGCCUCCCUUUCACUCACACUUCUGUGUUGUGUCUAAACCAAAGGAUUGUAUUUUUCCAUAUGAUUUUAAAGAAGGCAUUAAGGAAAAGAAUGUGAAGGUUGAGGUUGCUGCAACAGAGAGAACACUGCUAGGUUUUUUCCUUGCAAAAAUUCACAAAAUUGAUCCUGAUAUCAUUGUGGGUCAUAAUAUUUAUGGGUUUGAACUGGAAGUGCUACUGCAGAGAAUUAAUGUGUGCAAAGUUCCUUACUGGUCCAAGAUAGGUCGGCUGAAGCGAUCCAACAUGCCAAAGCUUGGGGGCAGGAGUGGAUUUGGUGAAAGAAAUGCUACCUGUGGCCGAAUGAUCUGUGAUGUGGAAAUUUCAGCAAAGGAAUUGAUUCGUUGUAAAAGCUACCAUUUGUCUGAACUUGUUCAACAGAUUCUGAAAACUGAAAGGGUUGUAAUCCCAAUGGAAAAUGUACGAAAUAUGUACAGUGACUCUUCUUAUCUGUUGUACCUGUUGGAACACACCUGGAAAGAUGCCAGGUUCAUUCUGCAGAUCAUGUGUGAGCUAAAUGUUCUUCCAUUAGCAUUGCAGAUCACUAACAUCGCUGGGAACAUUAUGUCUAGGACGCUGAUGGGUGGACGAUCCGAGCGUAAUGAGUUCUUGUUGCUUCAUGCAUUUUAUGAAAACAACUAUAUUGUGCCUGACAAGCAGAUUUUCAGAAAGCCUCAGCAAAAACCGGGAGAUGAAGAUGAAGACAUUGAUGGAGAUACCAGUAAAUACAAAAAAGGACGUAAGAAGGCAGCUUAUUCUGGAGGCUUGGUAUUGGACCCCAAAGUUGGUUUUUAUGAUAAGUUCAUUUUGCUUCUGGACUUCAACAGUUUGUAUCCUUCCAUCAUUCAGGAAUUCAACAUUUGUUUUACAACAGUGCAAAGAGUUGCUUCAGAGGCACAGAAAGUUACAGAGGAUGGAGAACAAGAACAGAUCCCUGAGCUGCCAGAUCCAAGCUUGGAAAUGGGCAUUUUGCCCAGAGAGAUCCGGAAACUGGUAGAGCGGAGAAGACAAGUCAAACAACUAAUGAAACAGCAAGAUUUAAAUCCAGACCUUGCUCUUCAGUAUGACAUUCGACAGAAGGCUUUGAAGCUCACAGCAAACAGUAUGUACGGCUGCCUGGGAUUUUCCUACAGCAGAUUUUAUGCCAAACCACUGGCUGCUUUGGUGACAUACAAAGGAAGGGAGAUUUUGAUGCAUACGAAAGAGAUGGUACAGAAGAUGAAUCUUGAAGUUAUUUAUGGAGAUACAGAUUCAAUUAUGAUCAACACCAAUAGCACCAAUCUGGAAGAAGUGUUUAAAUUGGGAAACAAGGUGAAAAGUGAAGUGAAUAAGUUGUACAAACUACUUGAAAUAGACAUUGAUGGUAUUUUCAAGUCCCUGCUACUGCUGAAGAAAAAGAAGUACGCUGCUCUGGUUGUUGAGCCAACAUCGGAUGGGAAUUACGUCACCAAACAGGAGGUGAAAGGAUUAGAUAUAGUUAGAAGAGAUUGGUGUGAUCUUGCUAAAGACACUGGAAACUUUGUCAUUGGCCAGAUUCUUUCGGAUCAAAGCCGGGACACUAUAGUGGAAAACAUUCAGAAGAGGUUAAUAGAAAUUGGAGAAAAUGUGCUAAAUGGCAGUGUCCCAGUGAGCCAGUUUGAAAUUAACAAGGCGUUGACAAAGGAUCCUCAGGAUUACCCUGAUAAAAAAAGCCUACCUCAUGUACAUGUUGCCCUCUGGAUAAAUUCUCAAGGAGGCAGAAAGGUGAAAGCUGGAGAUACUGUGUCGUAUGUCAUCUGUCAGGAUGGGUCAAACCUCACUGGGAGUCAAAGGGCCUAUGCACCCGAGCAGCUGCAGAAGCAGGACAAUUUAAACAUUGACACCCAGUACUACCUGGCCCAGCAGAUCCACCCAGUCGUGGCUCGAAUCUGUGAGCCAAUAGAUGGAAUUGAUGCUGUUCUCAUUGCAACGUGGUUAGGACUUGACCCCACCCAAUUUAGAGUUCAUCAUUAUCACAAAGAUGAAGAGAAUGAUGCUCUCCUUGGUGGCCCAGCACAGCUCACGGAUGAAGAGAAAUACAGGGACUGUGAAAGGUUCAAAUGUCCAUGCCCUAUAUGUGGAACCGAGAAUAUUUAUGAUAGUGUCUUCGAUGGUUCGGGAACCGAUAUGGAGCCCAGCUUGUAUCGUUGCAGUAACAUCGAUUGUAAGGCUUCGCCUCUGACCUUUAUGGUACAGCUGAGCAACAAAUUGAUCAUGGACAUUAGACGUUGCAUUAAAAAAUACUACGAAGGCUGGUUGAUUUGUGAGGAGCCAACAUGUCAAAAUCGAACUCGGCACCUUCCCCUUCAGUUCUCCCGAAAUGGACCUCUUUGCCAAGUCUGCAUGAAAGCUACACUUCGACCAGAGUAUUCUGACAAGUCCCUGUACACCCAGCUGUGCUUUUACCGGUACAUUUUUGAUGCGGAGUGUGCACUGGAGAAACUUAUUACCGAUCAUGAGAAAGAUAAGUUGAAGAAGCAGUUUUUUACUCCCAAAGUUCUUCAGGACUAUAGAAAACUCAAGAACACAGCAGAGCAGUUCUUGUCCCAAAGUGGCUACUCGGAAGUGAAUCUCAGCAAACUCUUCGCCGAUUGUGCUGUGCGGUCCUGAGGGGUUCCCGGAAGUGGACGCUCGGGGGCGGUGGAAGGAAGACCCACAUCCUCGGCACCUGCACCAUGGCCCUGGCUGCUUCUCCUGCAUCGCUUUUCCUUUGGGACUACAUAUCAUGUUUGUGUGGAUGUGGCUUGGGAGGGGGAUUAUUAAGGGGGAAGGGACUGCAAAAAUAUUUAAUCUGCCAAGCAUCAGAGAACAGCAAAACCGCCUUCCUCUGACAGUAUACCUCGUGCUGCUAAAACACCACCUGGAGAUGGCUGCUUCACAUUCGCAUUCGGGACUGGAUUUCUAGGGGAGGGGUCGGUGAGGGAAGAGAAAUUGAGAGUGGCUGGGAUGCAAGUCACCCCAGGCUUUGCCCCAGGACCUUCAGCAGAGGCGCCCCCAGAAAGAGGGUUUCGUGGAGCUUGGUCGGAGGGCUGACACUUUGCCUUUUCACGGGCCAGUUAAAUCCAGUCUGAACCCAAGUGCUUCCCGGGCUGCUGGCUCCAGGAGUGGCUAUCCUUUUCGGUCUUUCUGUCAUAUAGGUAGCUGAGGGGGGAGAUUUAGAAGCCUUGCACUGAUUAAAUAGAUUAAACAGAGCUUACUUGUGUAUUGAAUUUCUCCAAAGCCCAACAUGCACGCGUACAUGCACACUGGGCAGCCGUUUUACACUCACCUUCCUUUUUUAUUUCCUCAAGUAGAAAAUCUAGGUAAAGGUUUAUACAAAAGGAAAGCACAUGUUAAAUAAUUUCAUAUCCUAUAGCAUUUCAUUAAAAAUGUGUAUAGGUUGGGGUGAGGAUCAUUGUGUUAUAUUCAGAAAAACUGGGGGGAGAGAUGGUUAAUCGGCCCUGGCGCUAUUUUUCUCAUUUCUUCAGAACGGUGCCUUUUUGCCAGAAGCCAAACGUAUUUCAACAUAUCAGUCUUUCCUUUCUUACGUUCUUGGUAAGAUUAUACUAACAAAACAUAUUUCCCCUUGUACAA